CUUAAAUCUGAAAGAGCUUUCCGACAUUUCUGCAAGAAAGAGCUUUCUUUCCUAAAACAUAUGCCAGCAAUAAUGGCCAUCCCCGCUCUCGCUUACUUUUGUUGCAUUCUCAGCUUUUUACUUUUGCUUCUCCAAUGCGCUUCCCUCUCGCAAGAUGGCGUUAUACUUCUUAAAAUCAAGAAGGCAGAUUGGAGGGACACCCGAAAUGCUUUGAGCGACUGGAACGAGUCUCUUAGAAAUCCAUGUGCUUGGACAGGAAUCUCCUGUGGUACUUUCAACACCGUUACCGCUGUUGAUCUCACGGGGGCCUCCAUUUCUGGCAACCUCACUUCUGCCAUAUGUCUCCUUCCUAAUCUCACUGCCUUGACUCUCCAAGACAAUGCUUUCAGCGGUCCCUUCCCCCAUGGCCUCUUGCAUUGCAAGCGUUUGCGCAAGCUCGAUUUGUCAGGCAAUCAUUUCGCCGGAACGCUGCCCACCCGUAUCUCCGAACUGACUGACUUGAGAGAGUUGAAUUUGGCAUAUAAUAGUUUCAAUGGCUCCAUUCCUCCAUCCUUCGGAAUGCUGCCAAAUCUCGAAGCUCUCUUCUUCCACGACAAUAGUUUGAGCGGGGCAUUCCCUAAGUUUGUCGGGGAUUUGGAGUCUCUGAAGAGCCUCACGAUUGGUGAUAAUCCUCUGAGUUCUGGUGUGGUGCCCAGAGAGCUGGGCAAUUUAUUGCUCCUGCAGGAGUUAUGGCUAUAUAACUGUAGUCUUGAAGGCGGAAUUCCGACUUUCUUUGGCAAUUUAACCCAUUUGGAGCGGUUGGAUAUGUCAAGAAAUAAUCUCUCCGGGGAUAUUCCAAUCAGUUUAAUGGCUCUCUCGAAUUUGAGAGAAUUGUGUCUCUAUGAGAACAAUUUGUCUGGACAAAUUCCGGCCAACAUUGGCCAACUGAAGAGCUUAUCCAUUUUGGAUUUUAGCCAGAAUCAGCUUCAAGGCACAAUUCCCGACGGAGUCGCCAAUCUCACAUAUUUGAAUUGUCUGCAAUUGUUCAACAAUCGACUCACCGGGGAGAUACCUGCUCAGCUCGGCACGCUACGUUACUUACGUUAUUUGAAGCUGUUAGGCAACAAGCUCAGUGGAUGGUUACCCCAGAGUUUGGGUACAUUCUCCAAUCUCUUUCUCGUUGAAGUGACAGGAAACGAAUUGGAAGGACCUCUGCCAAGCAAUCUGUGUCGAGGAGGAGCGCUCUAUGGCUUUUCUUGCUCUUCAAAUAGUUUCAACGGUAGUCUGCCUUCGUCCUUUAAAGACUGCAAAUCUCUAGAGUAUCUGAAAAUCAACAACAAUAAUCUGAGUGGUGAGAUUCCUCCUGGGCUCUGGGGUGCUUCCAAUCUCAAGGAAUUGUUGCUCAGCAACAACAAGUUUGAAGGCCAGAUUUCAGCUGCAAUCGGCGAAGCGAAGAAUCUGAGUCGGUUGGAGAUAAGUAACAACCGGUUGAAAGGAAGAAUCCCUGCAAAGAUUGGACAGCUGACAAAACUUGAAGUAUUUGAAGCCAGCAACAACCAGUUGUCAGGGCCCAUUCCUCGUGAGCUUGGGGCCUUAAUUUUGGUCAUCACUCUCCAGCUGGAACAUAACUUGCUGUCAGGAGAAAUUCCUGAGGAAAUAAUGUCGCUAAAGGAUCUUCAUCAGCUCAAUUUGAGUCACAAUCGACUUAAAGGCGAAAUCCCUGCAGCCAUGAACGACAUCAUGAACAGUUUCGAUCUGUCAAACAAUUUGCUUUCUGGCGGAAUUCCUCCCGGAUUAGGACGCCUGAAACCAUGUGUUUUCAAUGUAUCCAACAAUGACUUGUCUGGACGCAUUCCUGACGCUCUCGACAUUCCGGCUUACAAGGAGGGUUUUCUGGGCAAUCCGAAGCUAUGCGGGGGUAAGAAUUUGAUGCUACCACCGUGUUCCUCUCCUCAUAAGUUGUCACCUCAGAGUUUAGCUGCCAUUGUAGUGGCCGUGAGCGUGUGCUCCAUUUUUCUGUGUUGCUUGUUUUUCAGGAAGCCAAGCAGCGGGCCAUCGUGGAAAUCAACCCCAUUCCACUCGACAGAUGUGGACGAGGUACACAUCCUCCACAAUUUGAAGGAGAGAAACGUGAUUGGAUCCGGAGGUGCUGGAAAGGUUUACAAGGUCAUUCUUCAAGAUGGGCGAGCGGUAGCCGUUAAGAAGAUCCAGAACAUGAGCAGAUCAACGGGCAGUUUUAAGAGAAAAGGUGAGCAAGAAGAGAAUAAAAUCAUAGAAGUGGAGGUGGAUAGAUUGGGACUCAUCCGGCACAACAACAUCUUGAAGCUUCUCUGCUGCAUUUCAAGUGAAGAGUCCGAUUUCAAGCUAUUGGUAUACGAGUUCAUGCCCAACGGCAGCUUAUUCGACCGUCUGCACGGUGAGCCAGGACCACAAAUGGCGCUGCGAUGGCUGAUGCGUUAUAAGAUCGCUCUUGACGCAGCUCGUGGGCUGAGUUAUAUGCAUCAUGAUUGCUCCCCUCCAAUAUUGCACAGGGAUGUGAAAUCCAGCAACAUCUUGCUGGAUGAGGAUUUUGCGGCUAAAAUUGCAGAUUUUGGCGUAUCCAGAGUCGUUGAUAGGCUGGGAGAUGAGUAUAGGGUGUCCAGUUAUGUAGGGUCUCCCGGUUAUAUAGCUCCAGAAUAUUCGGAAAGGCUAAGGGUAGACGAGAAAAGUGACGUGUACAGCUUCGGAGUGGUUGUGCUUGAGCUGGUGAGCGGGAGGAAAGCGGCGGGUGAGGCGGAGUAUGGAGAGGGAGUAGACAUCGUGCGGUGGAUACGUAAGAGAAUUUGGAUGGGAGGAGAGAGACAAGUGCUGGAUCAGCGGACGGUAGAAGAUAAUUGCGAAGAACAAAUGCUACGCGUCUUACGUGUAGGUUUGGUUUGCACGAACAGAGAGCCAAAGCAGCGGCCUUGCAUGAGAAGAGUGGUGGAGAUGUUAGUGGCAUGCGGUGAAGACAAUCAGAAGGAGACAAGGGAUGAAAAAUCAUUUCAGCAUUUUGGAAUCAAUUUGGGGUAGUCAAUCCUAGAGCGAGAACAAAAUGGUCAACGUUUCCAGAUUUAGGUUCGAUUGUUAGCAUCGGCCUUGGUUUUGUGAGUUUAAAUGAUAUAGUUGUGGUUCUUGUAUUAGAUUCAGGUUUAAAUGUAUUUGAGUGAUAUUUUAGUAUUAGUAGUCAUGUUUAAAUAAGAGUCUUGCUUGACUUGAUUCAUAGAGCAUUAAUCUUGAAUGGUGUAGGUGGAGAUUAAAAUUUGAGGAACAAAGACAAGGAAAUGAGUUGUUCUAGAAGCAGAGAGAGGAACAUUAAGUGGAGAUCUUUUUUAUAGGAGAGGUGAGUCAUCUAUGCUAGAGGAGAAAAGAAGAAUAUUGUUUAUGUCGGAGGAGAUAUAGAGGAAAUGUGUUGAAGCAAAAAGAUAGCAUAUUAGAAGUUAAUAUAUAGGAGGAGUUGAGGAAAGAGAAUUAUUUAAAUUAAAUUCACUAAUAUUCAUGUUG